AGCUGCAUCAGGUUGCUGGCAAAAAAUUUCUGUCAAGGGAUCAGGCCUUCUGGCAAAAUGGAAUGGAAUGCAACUUGUGAAUACUGGGAGGCCGUGCAGACUGCCCUGGAAAGCUGCUACCUUCCCAUUUUGUAUGGCAUUGAGUUUAUUGUGGGACUCCUUGGGAAUACUGCUGUUGUUUUUGGCUACCUCUUCUGCCUGAAGAACUGGAACAGCAGUAACAUCUACCUCUUCAACCUCUCUAUCUGUGACUUGGCUUUUUUGUGUACCCUUCCCAUGCUGAUGAGAAAGUAUGCCCAGAGAAAAUGGCCAUAUGCGUCUGUGCUGUGUAUAAGCAACAGAUACAUACUUCAUGCCAACCUCUACACCAGUAUUCUUUUCCUCACUUUUAUCAGCAUCGAUCGAUAUCUGCUCAUGAACUAUCCUUUCCGGGAACACCUCCUGCAAAAGAAAGCAUCUGCUAUUUUAAUAUCUUUGGCCAUCUGGGGCUUAGUAACCUUAGAGCUCCUGCCCAUACUUCUUUUUAUACAUUCUGAGGACAAUGGCACCAACUGUACUGAUUAUGCAAGUUCUGGGGACCCCAAUCACAGCCUCAUUUAUAGCAUGUGCUUAACCUUUCUGGGCUUUCUCAUUCCCCUUUUUGUCAUGUGCUUCUUUUCUUUCAAGAUUGCUCUCUUUCUAAAGCAGAGGAACAGGCAGCUCACUACAGCUUUGCCCCUUGAGAAGCCUCUGCACUUAGUCAUCAUGGCUGUGGUGAUCUUCUCUGUGCUUUUUACUCCCUACCAUGUCAUGCGAAAUGUCCGGAUUGCUUCACGCCUGGAGACCUGGAAGAAGUCCCCAUGCACUGAAGCCAUCAUCAACUCCUUGUACAUCUUGACAAGGCCAUUGGCCUUUCUGAACAGUGUCAUCAACCCUGUCUUCUAUUUCCUUCUGGGGGAUCACUUCAGGGAGAUGUUGGUGAAUAAACUGCGGCACCACUUCAAGGCCCUUACAUCCUUCAGAAGAUGAGCUCGUGGAUGGACAUUUUCGCUCGGGAAUAGUGAGGUGCCCAUGUAACAGAUCAUUUUACAGAAGCAGCUGUAGGCCGGGUAGAGUUUAACUCAGACACAAAUCAGAGAGGCCCACAGACUUGACCCUGGUUUAAAGGCAUGCUGGACCCAGGGUGUGUGAAAGGAAGAUGAUGGAAGGCAUUUAUUGGUUUCUUGACCUAAGCACUUAAAGGAGUUGGACUAACACUGUCUAAUGUUUGAGCACAUAAGUCCAAAAUUCUAGGUCAUAUAAGACCCCCUCAACCAGUGUAAAAAGAACAAAGAUAAAGUCGCAAGUUGUUUGUGUUCAAUCACUACUUAGAUUGUAAACAACAAAAAAAAAUUGUGUUGACACUAUUCUGUAUGUUAUUCAUAUGUGUGUGUUAGU